UUUCGUAACACAACAAUGUUCGGCAAAACGCCUAUUUUUAUAUUUACAAGAAAAAAUAAUUAUAAACUCUAAUCAUGGUCGUAACAGGAAAAUUCAUUGUGAGGCUUGUAUUCAUUAUUUGUAUUGUGCUUCUUGUGAUAUCGGAUUACUCUGGAUUGAUCAACAAGUUGAUCGGUGGCAUUCGCACUGAAGAAAGUAAACGUACUCCGCCUCGGCCUACUAAUCCAGGAUAUGGGGAUUCUAAAGCUGACAUCGAUAUCGAUGCGGAUAUAGAAGAGGAAUCAGUUAGACAUUUGGCUACUCAGGCUACAAGAUCGCAAAUUUUACAAACAAUCAAAAAUGCUUGUUUACCGAAGCUCAUCUGUGAAUUGACUGCUACUCAUCAGAAAGAAAAAUUAACCGAAACUGAAAAGUCUUUACUCAACUUACUCAGGGAAACAACCAUAAGCACUACGGCGGAAUUGACCUCUAAAUAUCACUUUGCAGCACACAUGGGUCAGCUAAUCGCCGGAGUUGACGGAAAUGGGUGCCAUAACUUUUAUCCAACAUGUCCUUUUCCUGGAUUGCAAGUCCUCCAGAUGAUGAAAAAAGUUAGAAUGCGAUGAAAUUCUUUCAAAAAAUUGAGACGGAAGUCUUACGGAUAAUGUUAAUUAGGUACAUCGUGGAUGGACAUAAUAAUGUAUCUUUAUGAAAAAUAUGGUAUUUUUCAAAAUGUGAAUGUUAUGCUAUUUUUAAUAUUACAUAUUUAUGAUUAGAAAAUAUAGCUGAUAAAUAUCUUGCUUAGGUGCACUUUAUUUGAGAAAAGUGUAUGCAAAAGUAUUAAAUUAGCGGAUUUCUGCGAAAAAGGAAAUAAUAUCUUAAAAUUCGAACUCUACAGAUAAAAAGUGGACAAAACAUAGCGUGCGCAGGUUAAGGAACUUCCACAUUUGUAACAUCUUGAUUUAUUAUUACUCGACAGUUUUGAUGUGGUCCUUUGUGUUGACCCUGCUCUCAUGAGCAAUAUUAAUUAUGACUAUUUAUGGGCUCAAAUUUCAAAAAAUACUACAUAUUAGGUAUUUUUUAAAUUGCAGACAAUGAAAAUUGUUUAAGUGAUCCAUUCUAAUUACGAAUUCCACGUUAUUUUUGUAUGGUAGUAUUCUUAAUAGUACCUAAUAUAAGAAACGUUUGGUCAUGAAGUGGUCGUCAAAUAUAUUAUGUGUCGAAUAAUGAUCAUAGACAAGGAGUUCAAGAAAAAAUGAUAUAUAUUUUUUUCCCGUUUAAUUAUAAUUUGUCAAACAUCUUUUUAUUUCCGGGAAACCAGUAAUGUCUCGGUACCAAUCUAGACAGGGAUCGUUACGUACCUACCCAACGAUCAGUUUACUGAAUACAUCUAGUUAUUAACAUAAACAAUGAUAGAUUUGUAAAAUGCCCAGGAAUGAACUAUUCAAAAGACUAUAAUUAAGCAAAUACGUAUUUUUGUUUUAGUUUUUAGGACCCAGGUAUAUCUACCGUAUUCUUUUAGUCUAGGAAAAUAGUCGAAAAAUACAUGUAUUGCAAAAAAAAAUUCCUACCCAAAUGAACUUUUCAGGGAUGAUAGGGGGCGGCCGGGUGAUCAUAAAACCGAAAAUAUCAAACAUUCACCCCUCUGGCGUUUUGCGCUAUAGGGGUUGAAAGUGCGCCAUUGGCGAUUACUUGGUACCUAUUGAUUUUACAAAAAAAAAAUUUAAAUAAAAGAUGUGCAACAUUAUUUGAUCUACAAUGUUUAUCUAAAGACUUUUUUGAUUAAGGGCCGUCUGUGGUCGUAAGGGCUGUUUGAAAUUUUAUAAUGAAAAUGAAAAAUUUUAACCAACGUGAAAAAUUUUUCUACAACACAUACAACAUUUUUGCUUUAUGAAGUUUUUACUCACCCCCUGCCGUUUUUCAAUAGGGGUAGUUUAAAGUUUAUUUAUUUUUUCAGAAAAAAGAAAUCCCUAUAAAAGUUUUAUAAGAUUACAUUUCCUACAAUUUUUGCCAAUCAACUUUUUUUGUAACUCACCCCCAUUCAGCGGGGGACACUUCGCUUAGGGAAAUUUUAGUUUUUAGGGGUAUACAUUAAUUUUUUUUUUCUAGUAAUCGCCAAUGGCACACUUUCAACCCCUAUAGCGCAAAACGCCAGAGGGGUAAAUGUUUGAUAUUUUCGGUUUUCUGAUCACCCACCCUCCCCCUAUCAUCCCUGAAAAGUUCUUUUGGGUAGGAUUUUUUUUUUUGAAAAUCGACAAUUUUCCUAGACUAUUUGUACAUUCUCGCAAAAUAGGUAGUUUUGAUGUGAUUUGUUGUAUAAAAUAAAUAAACAUUUUUAUGUGUGA